AGAAAAACAGAAAAGAGCAGAAGAGGCACCGCUUCCCACUGAAUCGCGCCCCGUCAACCUCGCUCAGCUGCUCGGAAAAUAUCAGAGGAAAAACAAAACAGUUCAUAAUGAUUCAGGAUUUCGAGGAAAGUUUCGUCGACAAGCUGCGAUAUAAUAAAUUUGUGACAGAGCAGUCGAAGGCAGAAGAGAGCUUAUUGCUGCUAGAAAAGAUUGUAGCAGAUUCUGAAUGGCAAACAGGCAGCCAACUUCUGAAUCAACUUCGAAAUGUAGGCACAGCCAUACAGGCCAAAAUGCCAUGGGAGACAACCCCGUGUAAUAUGGUACAGCGUGUUAUUAAGAUUGUGAUUGAUGAAUACAAUACUUGCAAAGGAGCCAGCGAUGGGGGCAAUUAUCAGAGCAUCUCACAGAUGAUGUUUGUUGACCCAGCCACGGGUGACCUCCCCAAGUGCACAGAUGUCAUUCCAGAACUGCGGGACAGAAUACUGGAAGCAAUGGCUGAACACAAGGCAGAAGUUGAACAAAGCCAAGAACUGAUAUCACUGCAAGGGGAGAGCAAAAUUCACAAUGAUGAAGUGAUUAUGACGUGUGGGAUGUGUCCUAUGGUUUUAGCCUUCCUCACAAAAGCAGCAAGAAGAAGGAAGUUUCAUGUUAUUGUGGCUGAAUGUGCACCCAAGUAUGAUGGUCACAAGAUGGCAAAAUGCUUGUGUACAGCUGGCAUCCAGACAACACUUAUUCAGGAUUGUGCUAUCUUUCCUAUGAUGUCUCGUGUCAACAAGGUCAUCAUUGGAACGCGCACUGUUUUAAGUAAUGGUGGCAUUAAAACAUUUGUUGGUGCUGCUACACUGGCUUCUGCAGCAAAAUUUUAUUCUGUACCACUCUAUGUUUGUACACCAACAUACAAGUUCAGCCUUGUAGCUUGUGAAGAAGUGAACCACUAUAACAGUGGCAACCUUGUAGUUCCUCCCAGUGCCAAUCUGCCUCCUUCAGUUGAUGUGGCAGUAGCUCAGUUUGAUUAUGUUCCACCUGAGAAUGUUACCAGCUUUAUCACAAACAACCGUGGCAUUGCUCCAGCCUAUGUGUACCGGCAGUUAAGCGAGCUCUACCAUCCAACGUCAUAUGACCUUUAGAAACAUGGUAUGUUGGUAAAUUAUAGCUUCAUUUUUGUGAUGAAUGUGUGAUUAUUUUUCAAACAUUAUGAGCUUACUAAAUUUACAUGAAAAGGAAAGAUUGUCAAAAAUGAUAUGAGAAUCUUAAAUGCUUAAUUUUUUUAUUUGCCUAAUCAUUAAUAUACUCUUCAAUAUUUGCUGUAUUUCAGUAUAUUCAUAUUUUUUCCCCCCUUUAUAUUUGGUUUGACAUUGUUUGAGAAAAUAAUGCUGCCAUUGUACUCAAUUUGAUAGCAAAGAGGGAAAAAUGUAUUUAUUUAUCUAUUACAUGAUAGGAAAGUGGGCAACAAAAGAAGAUAUUUGAAAUGUCUGUUCGUGCUGUGAAGUGAUGAAACAUUGGAUCUUUGUAUUUUUUACAGAAAUAAUAAAAAAGUAUCCUUAAAAUA